GGAAAAAAGAAACGUUUCUUUUUUUUUUACUUACCUGAAUGAUUAAUGUUAUCUUUUUGAUUCUCUGUAAAUUUGUCUCUUGCUUCAAACUUAAGUGAUGCUUUUUUCUCUGGUUUAGAAAGCUCCCAUCUUUUGUGGGGAGACGUAAUGCCCAUAACAUGUUUGUUCUUAUGCCGCAAAAUUACCAUGAAAGUUUGCUUUUUUUUUCAACAGUUUCUGUGAAUGUGUCUUUGUUAUUUACGCCCACAUUUGACAUCAGAUUUGAGUUAUGACAUAGAUAUGAUUCAUGUUUAUACAUGGGAGUGUGAAAGUCUGAGUCUUUAUAUAAUUUAUGCAAGUGUUUAAAUCUGAGAUACUCUGUUCUUGUCUAGGUGGUUGUUACAGUGAGAAGCAAAAAAGACGGUUUUGGCAAGUAGAGAUGGCAUCUGAGAGCUCUUUAGAGGCUGAGAUGUCCAAGAAGAUAUCAUUUUUUGGUUUGAAGGGUUUGAAGUUAUGGGUAUGGGUUUGUAUAGUUGUUGGAGUGUUCAUAGUUAUGAUUCUCUGCAUCUUGUCUCUGUGGAUCACAUUCCGGCGCAAAUCUAGAAGGUCUUUCAACCAAAUACCACACGUGUCCAAAGAUAUCAGAGUCGACAGGGCUGGGUUUCAGAGUCACAAUCCUCAACCUGAGAGUUUAUAUGUAACAAUGAAUGACAAGUCCACUGACAGAAUCUCUGGGAGAACUAUGAUGUCUCACUUGGCGAGAACCAAGUCUAGUGAUAAUGAUACUCUGAGUCGAUGUAGCUCUGUGAAUCACAAUGAGAGAGCUUGUAGUUCUCAUUCCGGAGAUGAAGGAGGCUUUGGAAGUGUUGGGAGACAGUAUGGAGGAGGAGGAGUAGUAACAGCGUCUCCUUUGGUUGGUUUACCAGAGAUAUCCCAUCUUGGUUGGGGACACUGGUUUACUCUUAGGGAUCUUGAGCUAGCCACCAACCGUUUCUCUGCAGAGAAUGUGAUCGGAGAGGGUGGUUAUGGAGUGGUUUAUAAGGGUAAACUCGCCAAUGGUACUGAUGUUGCUGUGAAGAAGCUUUUUAACAAUCUAGGGCAAGCUGAGAAGGAGUUCCGAGUAGAAGUUGAUGCUAUUGGUCAUGUACGACACAAGAAUCUCGUUAGGCUUUUAGGAUAUUGCAUAGAGGGAGUACAUCGGAUGCUUGUUUAUGAGUAUGUUAAUAGUGGUAACUUAGAACAAUGGUUACAUGGAGCUAUGAGGCAACAUGGAACCCUCACUUGGGAGGCAAGGAUGAAGAUCCUUAUCGGUACUGCACAAGCGCUUGCUUAUUUACAUGAAGCAAUAGAACCAAAAGUGGUCCACAGAGAUAUAAAAGCAAGCAAUAUAUUAAUAGAUGAUGAGUUUAAUGCAAAGCUCUCUGACUUUGGGUUAGCCAAGCUCUUGGACUCUGGUGAGAGUCACAUCACUACCAGAGUCAUGGGAACCUUUGGAUAUGUAGCGCCAGAAUAUGCUAACUCAGGCCUGUUAAAUGAAAAGAGCGAUAUAUAUAGCUUUGGUGUUUUGCUUCUUGAAGCUGUAACUGGACGAGAUCCGGUUGAUUAUGGACGUCCUGCUAAUGAGGUGAAUCUUGUUGAAUGGCUAAAGAUGAUGGUUGGAACAAGAAGAGCUGAAGAAGUUGUUGAUCCGAGGCUUGAACCUAGGCCGAGUAAGAGUGCUCUGAAACGUGCACUUUUGGUUUCGCUUAGAUGUGUUGAUCCUGAAGCAGAGAAACGUCCUAGAAUGAGUCAGGUUGUGCGGAUGCUUGAAUCUGAGGAACACCCUUUUGGCCAGGAAAGGAGGAACAGAAGAAGUAGAACCGCAAGCAUAGAGAUCGUUGAGACUAAAGACGAACCUCUUCCUCCUAGUGGCACAGAGACUCACAUUACCAGGCCCGUGAAGACUUGUGAAUAAACAAAUAGCUAUUACAGCGGCUCUGAAGAAGCUUAAGUCUUGAAAUGCUCUGUUUCACCUUAGCAUAGUGAUCUAAUGAUCCAUAUAGUUUUAGUUCUUCUUGUGGAGAGAUGGCUAAAGACAAAACCUCUCUGAUGAUGCAUUCUUUGGAGGCAUUUUGUUGUUUCGAUAAAAGUAUUCAUGUCUUGUUUGUACGGAUCUUUUUAGUCAGUCAAUGACAUGUGUUCAAGGGUUACUGUGA